AGGAAACAAACUGCGCGUGCUCCUGUGGAUGUCGUGAAAAUGGCGGCACUCYUGUUGCAGGAGUUCGAGGCUUCCGAGCUUUCUUYGAUACCUGAAGCGAUUAAAAACAGACUAGAAAGAAUUCUGUCUGUUCUUCAUUCUGAAAUCGAUUCGUUAAAAGCGCAGCAUCAACAGUAUCUGGUUGACAUCGAACAACAGUUUUUUGAAAAAGAUGGCCAGCUUGCUCGGACGGAGCUUUUGACCCAAGAACAUCAUAAACUCAGAGAGGAGUACAACAGACUCAGUGAGGAGCUUCAAAGUGUCCGUGAGAAGAAUGAAGAGAGCGAAAGGGCGCGUGAGAAGCUGUCUUCGGAGCAGACUUUGCUCUCAAGGGCCAAAGGAGAACUGGAGGCAGAAAAGCGAGAACUUGUUCGAACAUUGGAUAGAAGAUCCCUGGAAAUAGAGCAUUUAAACGAUGACUUGAGGCAGCUUAAUGAUAAAUUAGUGGAAGUCAGCACCUCUAAGAUGACUCUGCAGAUGAAGCUGGAUGAGCUUGAAGCUGCAGAACUAAACAUAAAAUAUAAAGAGAAGCGAAUGGAUCAAGAAAAGAAGCUGCUACAUGACCAAAUGUCUUGGUUACAAGACGAGUUGAAGGCCAAAACAGAAGAGCUGCUGUCUUUGUCCCGAGAGAAGGGUAAUGAAAUCCUGGAGCUAAAAUGCACCCUGGAGAAUAAAGAAGACGAGUUAAAAAAACUUCAAGAUCAAGUGGCGAGUUUGAAGACUUCAAAUGAACACCAUCAAAAACAAAAUGAGGACAUGAUCAACAAACUAAGAGACGCAAAGGAGCAACAUGCCAUCAUGGAGGAAAAGUUUAGGAAAGAGCUAAAUGCCAACAUCAAGCUUUCCAAUUUAUACAAGGAAGAAGCAGCAGAUUCUGAGGCUAAGAGUAAGGAGCUGAGUGGGGCAGUGGAUGAACUACAGAAGUUGCUGAAAGAAGCUGGACAUGCUAACAAGGCUCUGGAAGACAAGCUACAGGAAAUGAAUGCUGCAUCAGAUAAAGCUGUUAGUGAAUUAAAAAACAGGAUUCAGAGUCUUGAGAAAGAGCUGGACAACGCCAAUGAACUGCUCUCAAGUUCUAAGCGUAGAGGCUCUGUUGGUGCGUCUGUGCUGACUGAGGAUCAAAUGACAACAAUGUCUCCAACAGCAGCAGCUGUGUCCAAAAUAAAACCUGGCAUGAAGCUAACUGAGUUGUACACAGCGUAUCUGGAGAGCCAGGAGCAGCUGCAGCUGGAGCGACUGGAGAAUAAACGAGUCAACAAGUAUUUAGACGACAUCGUGCAGGAAGUAGAAUCUAAAGCCCCGCUCCUCAAACGACAAAGGGAUGAACAUGAACGCAUGCAGAAGUCUGUGGCCAGUCUGUCUGCCAGAUUGGAGCAAGCUAUGAAGGAUGUGCACCGUCUACAGAAUGAGGCUGAUGGUGCCAAAAAGCAUGCUUCUGUCCUGGAAAGGGAAAACCAGAGGUUUGAAUUCCAGGUGUCUGAUUUGGCUCAACAGGUUCGAGUACUGCUUAUCGAGCUGGAAGAGGCUCGUGGAAACCACGUGCUUCAUGAGGAAGAGAUGAGCUCCGCUGAUGUCAGCAGUACUUCAGAGGUGAUCAGCCAAAACUUGGUAACCUUCCGYAGCGUGGAAGAGCUUCAGACGCAGAACCAGCGUCUUCUGGUGGCUUUCAGGGAGCUCWGUGACGCCCAAGAGAAAGAGGAGUUUGAGACCACUGACAACUGGCGUGUGGAGCAGGAGCAGAGGUGGGGGAAUGUUCAGGCGGAGUUGGAGUCUCUGAAGGAGCAACGCAACCAGCUGCUAAAGAUGACKGAUUCUAUUGUGAAGCAGAGGGACAUGUACCGCGUGCUGUUGGCUCAGGCCACAGGAGUCACCUUCCCUCAACAAGGAACACCACCUGAUGAGUUCUCCCUGACAUCUACUCCCAGACGUUCACCUGCAGCCACUCCCACCGCAGGGACACCGACUGCACUUGUUUCCAUGGCUGCAGAGUCUGCUGAAGCACUGGAGGCCAAAGCAGCUUUGAGACAGUUGCAGGAAGUGUUCUCCUCCUAUAAGAGCGAGCGUUCAGAGAGUGAAAAGGCAAUGGCCGAGCAAAACGAGAAGCUCCAGGAGCAGCUGUCCGAUCUUCGCUCUCAGAAUGCCAAGAUAUCCACCCAGCUAGAAUUUGCUUCAAAGAGGUACGAGAUGCUUCAGGACAACGUGGAGGGCUACAGGAAGGAGAUCGCCUCACUUAGAGAUAAAGAACAGAAGAUGUCUGCUGCCAAGCAGACACUGGAGCAGACUGUUCACACUCUGAAUGAGGAGCUUAAAGCUACCAAGGAGAAGCUCAGCAUGACUGAGGGCGAUGCUGAGAACCUUCGCAAGGAGAGAGACAUGCUGAAGCUGGUAGAAUCUACACUGAACCAGGAGAAGGAGGACAUCCUGCGUCAACAGCAGAGCCAGAGGCUGCUGCAGAUCGAUCUACAGGCUAUUCGGUCCACUCUUGAGCGUUCAGAGAGCGAAACGCGCCAGCGUCUCAACAGCCAGCUGGAGAAGAAGGAACAGGAGAACUCUCAGUUGCAGAAGAGGCUCGAACAAGAAGUGGAACAGCGUCACCUGUUCAGCAGAAACCAAGAAAUGCAGUUAAUGGACGUGAAGAGGCAGCUGGAGACACAAGUUGCUUUAAAUCAGAAACUCAARGAGCAACUGAAUGAUGCUGAGUUGGAGCUCAACACCCUCAAGAUUCAGCAGGGUAGCAAUGAAACACGCCACACCCUGAGCUCCCCGUCUGCAUCCAUCAGAGGUCUGCAGGGUUCAGAUGGAGACGGAGAGAGGCUCCAAGGCCGCCUGCAACUAGCCGAAACCCGAGUAGAGGAGCAGGCAGAGAGGCUUAAGGUCAUCACCUCCAACAUGGAGCAGUACAGAGCCAUGGCUCAAAGCCUGGAGGAGUCUCUGGAGAGGGAGAAACAGGUAACAGAGCAGGUCCGCUCAGCCACUGAAACCCGUCUGAAGGAAGCUGGGGAGCAGCAGCGCAGGCUGGAGGAGAAGCUCCUGGAAGCRGAGAAAGAAAAACAAAACCUGGAGGAGCAGAAACGGAGCACUGUGGMCUCCCUGGAGGAGCAGAUCAAUGACCUGAAGAGAAAUCUCAGCAGUGCCCAGGCAGAACACCAGGUGAUGCUGCAGCAGCUGGCUGUAGCUGAAACUCAGCAACAGCAGGCUCUGAUGGACAGCCAGGAGCAGGCUAAGCUAGCAGCUGAAGCCCAGGAUAAAUAUGAGCAGGAGAUGAUUCUGCAUGCAGCUGAUGUGGAGGCUCUGCAGGCCGUCAAGGCUCAAGCUCAGCAGGCCGUCGAGUUCAGACAUCAGCUGGAGGAGAAAGUCCAGCGGCUCAGUUCUGAGUUACUGGAGGCCAGAGUCUCCUGGGAAGAGCAGGAGAAGAUCCUCAAGGAGGAGAUGUCCAAGAUGGAAAGCCGCCACGAGGAAUUGCAGAGGCAGAAUACGCUCCUGCAUGAGCAGGUUCAGACGUUGAGCAACAAACUGGCUGACAAUCUGCAACGAGCUUCUAGUGAGAGUUCACUCAACAUAUCUUUGACUGAAGAGGGAAAAUCUGAAGACCAGCUUCUUGAGAUUCUCAGGUUUGUUCGUCGAGAAAAGGAGAUUGCAGAGUCUCGUUUUGAGGUGGCCCAAGGGGAAACUUUGCGUCACCGUUUGAGAGUGGAGCACUUGGAGCGAGAGCUCAAAGAGGUGCAGGACAGUUUGGGUGCUGCGAGGGAACGAAUGCAGGUAACUGCAAAGACCCUGGCUCAGCACGAUGAACUAAUGAACAAGACUGAAACAAUGAACAUCUUGGUGGAGACCAACAAGAUGCUGAGAGAGGAGAAGGAGAAAAUGGYUCAGGAACUGCAGCAAAGCCAAGCUAAGGUGCAGCAGCUGGAGUCUGAAGUUUUGCCGCUUCAGGAGGCUAACUCUGAGCUGAGUGAGAGAAGUGGCAUAAUGACGGGAGAGAAGUUGAUACUGGAAGAGGAAGUGAAGCGCUGGAAGGCUCGAACCCAGCAAUUAGUGAGUCAACAAAGAGAUUCAGAUCCKGAUGAGUUCAAGCGUCUGCAUUCUGAGAAAGAGGUACACGUGAAACGCAUCCAGCAGCUCUGUGAGGAGAACGGUAGACUUAGUAGGGAGUUGACCAGGACAAAUGCUAACACAAUAUCCAUCCAGGGCCAACUGCAGAAUGUGCGUGACARUAUGGGUAAGGUGACCGAGGAGAGGAAUGCAUUGAAGAGGGAACUGGAAACUAAGACCCAGGAACUCCAGGAGAAGAUGCGAACCAUCAACCAGGUUAAGAAGAUCGGGCGACGCUACAAGACUCAGUAUGAAGAGCUUAAAGUGGAACAUGACAAACUGGUGGCAGAGGCUGCGGCAGGCCCAUCCCAAGACGAGGAGGCACGUCAAGCCUCGGUUCAUGAACUGCAGAGCGUUAAAGAUUCUUUGAGCCAGACUGAAACCAGGAACAAAGAGCUGGAAGGACAGCUCGAGAACAUCAACAAGGUGGUYACGGAGCGAGAGGCCGAGGUACGCAGUGCUCAGGAACAGUCUGCCAGGUUGCAAACGGAGCURACGAGGUUGAGGCAGGAGCUGCAGGAUAAGGCUUCUCAGGAGGACACCUUGAAACAGCAGAUGACUGAGAAGGAGGAGAAGACCAGGAAGGUUCUUCUUAAUGCCAAGCAGAAAAUCAGCCACCUCACAAAUUCCAAAGACCAGAUGCAGAAGGAGAACGAAGAAUUGAAGGAGAAGUUAAAGGAGGCGGAGAUGCGAAUGAGUGCUCUCAAGUCUCAAUACGAGAGCCGACUUAGUAAACGAUCUCAGCAGGAGAGACAGGAUCAGAGAGAUGAGGCACCUGAGGCAGGGCCUAGCAAGAUCCAGGAGCAGCAGAGGGGCACAGAGCAGAGACAGAUCAGUUUGAAGACCACCUCGGCUGCAGACAGGGGCAGUGCCUGCACUUCUGAGCCUCCAACUGCCAACAUUAAGCCAACACCUGUAGUUGCUACAGCGAGCAAACAGACCAACAUCCCAAGUAACAAACCCACUCCACGAGCAAGCAUCAGGCCGAUGAUCACCCCGGCCCCUGUGCCCACGCCAACACCAACUGCUACCGUCAUGCCCACCACACAGGUGGAGACACAGGAAGCAGCCAUGCAGUCAAGCGAAGGCCCGCCGGUGGAGCAUGUGACGGUGUACGGCAGUGCCAGCGGCUCUGUGCGCUCCGCCAGCCCCAACGUUCAGACCACGCUGGCUAGCCCCAUCCUGACCGUUCAGCAGAUCCAGACGCAGGCCACGGCUUUUGUUCAGCCAACGCAGCAGCAGAGCGUGACCCACCCAGAACCAGCCAAUCAGGAGCCACCGCCUGUAGUGAUCGAAGCAGCGCCUAGUCCUCAGGUGGACUGGCCGUCAACAUUCCCCACCACGUCUGUGUUUGGCACUGUUUCAGCCACACCUGGAACUUCUGCUUUGACC